AUGAAAGAAUCUAAGGCAAUGCUGACGUGGGAACUGAAUCAAAUUCUUAUAAUUCUCACCAUUGUUGUCUCUUGUACAGCCUUAACACUAAUGUUGUACAUCUAUUGCCAUUAUAAAUGCGGAUUUUGCCGUCGAAAGCAAAAACAUUCGUCAAAUCUACCAGAAGUACGAAUAACAAUGCAUAACGAUGCUAACUUUGACCAGUUUGUUACAGUUCAAAGGUAA